CUGCUGCUGCUGCAGCUGUUGCUUGCAGCCGCAGCAGCCCCUUCGUUUCCUUAACCCCGAUCAACGAGAGAGAAAUACUAGGGUUAGGGUUUCGGUUCCUAAGCGGGUGAUUGCGGUCGGCAAGAAGUUGAUUGCUUCCUCUGGUUUUAGUUGGACUCACAGAGAGAAGGAAGAUGUUCGGAAGGGCUCCGAAGAAGAGCGACAACACGAGGUAUUAUGAGAUUCUCGGCGUGUCGAAAAACGCGUCUCAGGAUGAUCUCAAGAAGGCGUAUCGGAAAGCCGCUAUCAAAAAUCACCCCGAUAAGGGAGGGGAUCCGGAGAAGUUUAAGGAGCUUGCACAAGCUUAUGAAGUUUUGAGCGAUCCUGAGAAGAGGGAUAUAUACGAUCAGUAUGGCGAAGAUGCACUCAAGGAAGGAAUGGGUGGGGGCGGUGCUGGCCAUGAUCCAUUUGACAUCUUUCAGUCUUUCUUUGGUGGAAAUCCUUUUGGAGGUGGCGGGAGCAGUCGUGGUCGCAGGCAGCGGAGGGGAGAGGAUGUUGUCCACCCACUCAAAGUCACAUUGGAAGAUGUGUACAAUGGUACUUCGAAGAAACUUUCUCUUUCCCGGAAUGUUCUUUGCUCGAAAUGCAAAGGGAAGGGAUCGAAAUCGGGCGCUUCAAUGAAGUGUUCUGGUUGUCAGGGUACAGGUAUGAAGGUCUCGAUUCGCCAGUUGGGUCCCUCUAUGAUACAACAAAUGCAGCAUCCUUGCAAUGAGUGCAAAGGAACUGGGGAGACCAUCAAUGAUAAAGAUCGCUGCCCACAGUGCAAGGGAGAGAAGGUUACCCAGGAAAAGAAGGUUCUUGAUGUUCUAGUUGAGAAGGGUAUGCAGAAUGGGCAGAAAAUCACCUUCCCCGGUGAGGCUGAUGAGGCGGUAUGUUUCCACUCGUCUUCCUUUUCUUUGGGGACAUUUACAUAAUUCUUAUGUAUUUAC